AUGGGCUCCUCAUCUUCAAAGCCCGCGCGCAAGCUGGCAGACACAGCUCAAUCAGCCGUGCGCUCUUCAGGAGGUUCUUCCAGGGCAGGCUUACCUCCCAAUGCCAGCCACAGCCCCAGCGCCAAUGCCAAUGCCAAACCCAAACCGAGCGCCUCUCGCUCUUCCCACCCUUCGAGCGACGCAGACGCAUCAUCAGCUUCAGCUUCUGCCUUUAACAUCAGCCGAGCUUCGCCUUCACUCACAUCCGAUCCGUCCAAAGCUGCCACACCCACCGCAGGCCCUCGAGAUGGCGCAACUGGUCUGAAUCAGAAGUUCAGCGAGAGCAAGACGGACGCGAUCAGGGAAGAUGCUAGGGAUCCUCACUUGAUCGCUAAUUUGGCAAGCUUGGGACCUGCAAAAGUCAAGCGGAACAGGUUGACCUACAGACCCGUGAGUAAAGCGCCGCCAGGCAGAUCAUGACGGGGACAUUACGCGCACAUGACGUCAAGGGUUUGCAUGCCAGGCCGAACCAGACCAGACCCGACCAGGCCAGACCAGAACGAGAGUCGACGGCAAGCGCCAACACUGUGGAUGUGUCGGAUUUGUCCACCGUGCUAAGUGGCGCGCGUCGUGCACUUAUGUACGAGUAUCCGACAGGUAGAAAGCGGGUUCGGGACAUUUGGUCUAGUGGGACUGGCCACUCCACUAGAUUAAGUGGCCCUUGAGCCAGCACUUGCUCUGUGUGUCGACCGCGGGAGGUACAAAUUGCACUGAAAACUGACUGAGGCCCCCACAAGCUGUGUUUUGCUGGACGCCCCGGUUUCGAUCCCCGCGCAGCGCAAACUGACUUUUAUUUCUCCUCCCUGUUCUCUCCCCUUACCCUUUUUGCCUCGGAUUUUCCUUUCUUUCUGUUUCCCAGAAUGACCAAAUGCUUGGCAUCUUGCAAGCUCGACAGAAGCGGGAGCAACAGGAAGCGCAAAGCGCAUCAGAUUCCACCUCCAACAGCGGCGUCGCGGGAGCUCAAAACAGCUCAAACCACAUGUCUGCCAAUUCCAUCUCGACGCUCUUGGAUGCGCGCAAGAGCUGUCGUUCAGCAGAGGAUGUGCGAGCUCUUGCUCACGGGUACAAUAUAGAUGUGCAAGUGCUGGAGAAUCUGGCUAGAUGGGUCACCAGUCCUAGCGUGGUGCCCAGGCCCACCAAGAAGGUUCAUGAGGGAGACGACGAAACACCGUUGGCUGAUGCAGUUUGGACGGAACCUGCUCUUUCCAUUGGCGCUCUAGGUGAGUUCGGAUCUGCAAUCAACUGCGAUUCAAUCACUCAGAAGCUUACCCGUCAUACCAACCGCAGAGCGGCCAAAGACGUGA